UAGAGCUCUCUGUCAGUUGGACAACAAUCUCUCAGCUCUGCGACGUCACUUUGGUGCUGCCGAUACCUUUGUUUGCGCAAGUUCGUUGAGUCUCUCUCUCCCUCCGAACAGGUUGGACUACUAGACACACCUGCGGGGAGAAGAAGGAAGCCUUGUACAGCCUACACCGGGACGCCAUUCUUCACUCCAUCUUUGACAUCUGUGGACGACGGACGGGUAGAAAGCCGACGAGGGAAACUUUUUUUUUUUUGCUUGUUGUUCUCCGUUAAUUCGUUUCAAGCUUGAAUCACUUUCAUCAUGGGCAUUUGGAUUGCUCUUGUUCUCGUUGCCUUCGCUGCGGGAGCCGCAGCUCAAACCUGUCAGUGUAACACGAUGAAGUGGGCGACCUGUGAUGGUACACCAUGUGUGUGUACCGUUCUAAUCGGCGAGAACGUGAAACAACCGCUAAACUGCUCCGCAUUGAUCCCUAAGUGCUUCCUGAUGAAAGUUGAGAUGUACAGAGCUAAAAAGGGCCAGUCCGUCCGUGGUGCAGGAGGAAAGCCAGUGGAGUCUGCCUUUGUGGACAACGAUGGCAUCUAUGACCCAGACUGUGAAAGCAAUGGCAACUUCAAGGCCAAGCAGUGCAACAACACCGAGGAGUGCUGGUGUGUCAACAGUGCCGGUGUUCGUCGAACUGACAAGGGAGACAAGAAUAUCAAGUGUGACAAGCUGGUGGAGACCCACUGGGUUCGUCUUCAGCUGACUCACAAACCUGUGACAACUCCAUUGAAUGCCAGUGGUUUGAAGGCCGCAAUUGCAAAUGCCAUUCAAACACGUUAUGGCAACUUUGACAAGAGCAUGGUGCAGGAUGUCGAGUAUGACGCUGAUGCUCGCAUGAUUGUGGUGGAUGUGAAGAAGCCAAUAGGAAACCGCCAACAUGACCUGGCCAACAUGGCCUACUACAUGGAGAAAGAUGUGAAGGUGCUGCCUUUGUUCAAGAACGAUGAGUUGAAGUUUAUGCCAUCUCUGGGCGGCCAGAACGUGGAGAUGGAGAACAUCCUGGUGUACUAUGUGGACGAGGAGCCCCCGACUUUCACCAUGAAGAACCUGUCUGGUGGGAUCAUCGCCGUCAUCGUGGUGGUGGUCCUGGCUGUGGUUGCCGGCCUGCUGGUCCUGUUCUUUGCCCAAAGGCGACAGAAACGGAUGUACAAACAAGCCCAGACAAGCGAGAUGGCAACCAUGUCUUAAAAGAAUAUCUUCAUCGCAGCAGGAGUUUAUGAAGAGUAGCCUUGUACAUCACAUUUUUGGAUUAUCUUUUCUGCAGUGGGAGUGUGCCAUUUACAAUUUUUAUUUGAGGAAUACAGAUCGUAAAGGAACAAUGAACUUGCUUUUUGUUGGCACAUACUGGUACCACCAUUAUUUAUAAAUUGCAGUCUUAAGACCUCGUCCAAUCUCUAUAUGCCAUUUUAAAAACUGCUUUUUACAAUAUGCUUGGCACAUGCCACAUUGUAAUGUUAGAACUUGAGUGUUUUAAAUUCCACAUCAUAGAUUGUACAGUUUGUUACGUACUGUGUGUUUGGGUGUUUAUUUU